UAUGGCGGAUGUCGAUGAGCCGGAGAAGAAAAGAAGGAGAAUAGAGGAGCUGACUGAGAAAAUGGCAGUGGAUGGAGGGAUUGGGGUCAGUGGAGACUGGGAUGGGCGCUGGAACCAUGUUAAGAAGUUUCUGGAGAGACCAGGACCAUUCACUCACCCAGACUUUGAGCCCAGCACAGAGUCACUCCAGUUUUUAUUGGAAACUUGCAAGAUUCUAGUGAUUGGAGCAGGUGGCCUGGGCUGUGAACUCCUCAAAAAUCUGGCGCUGUCAGGUUUUCGGCACAUUCACGUCAUUGAUAUGGACACCAUUGACGUCUCCAACCUGAACAGACAGUUUCUCUUCAGGCCCAAAGAUGUGGGGCGGCCCAAGGCAGAUGUGGCAGCUGACUUUAUCAACAGUCGUGUCCCUGGAUGCAAAGUCGUCCCAUAUUUUAAAAAAAUACAAGACUUUGAUGAAUCAUUUUACAGACAAUUCCACAUAAUUGUGUGUGGACUGGAUUCCAUCAUUGCCAGGAGAUGGAUGAAUGGCAUGCUGAUGUCCCUCCUAAUAUAUGAGGAUGGCGUGCUGGACUCCAGCUCCAUAAUCCCACUCAUUGAUGGGGGAACAGAGGGCUUCAAGGGCAAUGCGAGGGUCAUCCUACCAGGCAUGACUGCAUGCAUCGAGUGCACACUGGAGCUCUACCCACCUCAGAUUAAUUUCCCAAUGUGUACUAUUGCAACCAUGCCUCGACUACCAGAGCACUGUGUGGAAUAUGUCCGCAUGCUGCAGUGGCCCAAAGAGAAGCCCUUUGGAGAUGGUGUGGCGCUGGAUGGAGAUGACCCUGAACACAUUCAGUGGGUAUUCCAGAAGUCCCAGGAGCGAGCCUCGGAGUUCAACAUUACGGGGGUGACCUACCGACUCACGCAGGGUGUUGUGAAAAGGAUCAUCCCUGCCGUUGCCUCCACAAAUGCAGUCAUUGCAGCGGCAUGUGCUACAGAAGUAUUCAAAAUCGCUUCAAGUGCCUACAUUCCGUUGAAUAACUAUCUAGUGUUCAAUGACGUUGAUGGCCUGUACACAUACACAUAUGAAGCAGAGCGAAAGGAGAACUGUGCAGCCUGCAGCCAGGUACCCCUGAAUCUGCAGUUCUCUCCAUCAGCCAAGCUGCAGGAUGUCCUGGACUACCUUACUGAGAAUGCCUCUUUACAAAUGAAAUCUCCUGCUAUCACAGCUACGCUGGAGGGGAAAAAUAAAACACUGUACUUGCAGACGGUAGCCUCUAUUGAAGAAAGAACACGGCCAAAUCUUUGCAAAACACUUAAAGAGCUGGGAUUGGCUGAUGGGCAGGAACUUGCAGUAGCUGAUAUCACAACGCCUCAAACUGUCCUCUUCAAGCUUAAUUUCACCUGACUGGCAAGCAGGUGUAGAAGAACUACGGAGUACUUCAAAUACACAAAUACUAGACAAAGUAUUUCCAUCAGUUGUGACAUAGCCUUCCAGGUAGAUUAUGGUGAAACUAGUUGCUGGGCAGAUAAAACUUGAAACCAUUUUAAUAUUUUAAAAUGCAAUCGUGUAAAUAAUAUUCAGAUAUUUUGCUCUGACGUGCCCAGAAAUCCCAUUUUAAGUUCAUAUUUUCUCCUGAAUGUUUAAAAUUUACCACAAAUGUCACCCUUUUUACAGCUGGUGUGGAAGAAACCGAAUAAGUCAUUUGUCCUCAUGCUCCAUUCAGAAUUUGCAGCUAGUGCUAACCUAGAUGCAAUAAUAUUUAUGUAUAUUUUAUGCACUGCAUCCAUGUGGCAUGUCCUGUAAUGGGAGAUAGGAGAUAGAUGGACAUGUUUGUUUUGUGAGAUUGUGAACAUCAUUUAUAUUUAUUACAUGUGGUGUUUUUUUUUUUUUUUUGCUGUUAACACAUUGACAACUCUGUCUUCACAAAGAA